AGAAUGUGGGACAGUAAUCUGUCGCUCGUUUUUGGUCGAGUUUUCAAAAUGAUUCUCUCAUCAAUGCUAAACUUCGCCGAAAUCCCUAAAUUUCAUCUAUACUCCUGCCAUGAUUCCACGCUUAUGCUGUUGCUGUAUGGACUCGGGUGUUUCGAUGGACAGUGGCCUCCGUUUUCGGCGGAUGUGAUUCUCGAGCUGUAUGUUGAUGAGCCAAACUUUGUCAGUGCAUCUUCCGAAACCGAAUCAAGCCGACAGAGCACUUCACCAGCCACACUCAACGGGCUUUGGAUACGUGUAUUGUACAUGGGACGACCAAUAUCCCUGGGCUGUGUUUGGAAAGUGCCCUACGAAGAUGGAGAUCGGUAUAACGAGGGCUACGUUCCCCUUCAUUUCUUGUUCGAGCGAUGGAAGUCAGAUGCUCCAAGCCUCGGCAAAAGAGUUUAGACUUAUUUAGCUAUAUUUGAAUUAAAUGUAAAGCCUCGGUGUAGUUAUAUCGUGGCAUUUUAUUUUGUACACUUUGCGGAUUAAUUACAUUUGAUUUCGGAUUCCUCCUGUCGUUUAAUCUAUUUAAGUAACAAACGCUCUUUGUUGAACACGUGCCCUUCUGAUAUCUUUUUCUCGUGAUCACCCGCUCCGUCUCUCUCCACUUUCUGUUCCAAGAGGCUGUGCGCAAUAUAUCACUAGAUUAUCA